AGAUAUCCUGAACCUGGCAAAAGUGAUGAUAAAGGCACCGAAACAGACUCGAAUCACAAUCAAAUGCUUUACUAUCAUAAAUUAGGCACUCCUCAGUCUGAUGAUAUUUUAAUUUAUAAAGACCCAAGCAACCCUGAGUAUAUGUAUGAAAUUGUCGUUUCCACAGAUGGUCGCUACGUAAUUCUCAAAGUUUUAAAAGAUUGUGAUCGUGUAAAUAAAUUAUGGAUCUUUGAUUUAGAAAAAAUUAAUCGUCGAAUCGGUUUUAUUGACAUCAUCAAAGAACAUCCAGCAGAUGUUCUUUCUUCAGCAGACGCAAUUGCAGAAAAAAAUCUCGUUCUUGUAUAUAUGCAUGACGUGAAAGAAAAAGUAUCAAUUCAUUCUUUGUCCACCGGAAAGCAUAUUAAAGAUUUGCCAAUCCCUAUAGGAUCAAUAGAAGCAGUUGCGGGGAGAAGGGAAGAUUCAGAGUUUUUCUUUAAAUUUACUAGCUAUUUGAAUCCUGGUAUCAUUUAUCGGUACAAUUUUACAAAGGAGAAAUUGUCAGAAUAUCGAACUACUGAAGUUCAGGGAUUUAACAGUGAUUUAUUUGAAACAAAACAAGUCUUCAUUGAGAGCAAGGAUAAGACUAAAAUUCCCGUUUUUAUUGUUUCACCGAAG